AUGGUGUCCUCAGAGUUCAUCCAUGUUGUAUAUGACAAGAUUUCCUUCUUUUUUAAGACUAGCAUGCCAUUGUGUGUGUGUAUAUAUACAUAUAUUUUUUUUAUCCUUUUAUUUGUUUCUGGACAUUUAGGUUGCUUCUACUUUGUGGCCAUUGUGUUUAAUGCUGCAAUGAACAUGGGUAUGCAAAUAUCUCUUUGUGAUCCUGUUGGAUAUAUAACAAGAGGUGGGAUUGCUGGAUCAUAUGGUAAUUAUAUUUUUAAUUUUUUGAGGAAACUCCUUACUGUUUUCCAUAGUAGUUACACCAUUUAA